CGGCUCCACGGCUGCUCCCAGCAGCUCCCGGUGCAGCUCCCGGUGCAGCUCCCGGCGCAGCGCGCACCCAUCCCCGGUGCAGCCCCAUCGCGGGCGCACGGGGCUCCCUGGAGAGCGCGCAUCCGACCCCCGAGGGCGAGCCCCGCCUGGCACCCACCCUCCUUCCCCCCACCCUAGCCACCCCAGCCACCCCACAGCAUGCCCCGCGGGCGAGCCUGGACACCAGCGGAGGUCAGCAGCCUCCUGGCGCUGGUGGAAGGCUCCGGAGAGGCCGCCCUGCUGAUGGCCUCCACGUCGUGGCCCAACGAGGCGCUGUGGCAGGAGAUCUCCCGGGGGCUGGCGGCGGCCGGCUACGGCCGUAGCGUGGCCCAGUGCCGCUCCAAGUGGAAGGCACUGAAGCAGGCUUUCCACUCGGAGCGGGAGACGCGCCGCCGUGCCGGGCGGCACUCGUCGCGCCUGCCCCCGCACUACCGCACCAUGAAGAGCAUCUGGAAGGCGGCCGGGCGGCCCGUUUUUGGGGAGAGGCGGCUGCCCGAGCUGGUCAAGCCGCCCCCCAGGAAGCGCAGGUCGCUGGCCGCACGCUCGCCGGCACCGCCAGCUGCUGCAGAGACCCCCGCCGUGCUGCUGGCACCGCUGCUGCAGUGCCCAAAGGACGAGCCGGAGAGCCACCCCGCGUCUCCUCUCUGCUCUCUCCCUGCAGCCCGCGGGGACCACGUCGAUGGAGCAUCGCCCGACCCCGCGGCCACCCCACGUACCAGCUGCUGCAUCCCUCCCCAACCCCUCCCGGGCUGCCUGAAAGAGGAGAGCGCCGAGCUGAAGGCAGGUUUUCCUGGUGAGACGUCCCCAGGGAUGGGGCGAGGAAACCCAGGCUCCCCGGGGAUGGCUGCAGCGAGCGAGCACGCGGUGGGCGAAGACUCAGCGGACACGAGCCUGCAAGGCGGCGGCGUGGCGGGCUUGCUGCAGAGCGUGCAGCAGCUGCUGGUGCAGAUCCUGCAGACGUCGCGGCAGCAGCAGGCGCUGCUGGAGAGCCUGGCCAGCGACACCGUCUCCCACCUCCACCUCCUCUCCCACAGCCUGGUGCAGGUGGGCGAGACCCUGCACCAGCUCCUGCUCCGGCCGCCGGCCCCCCACGCCCACUACGCCCCCCACGCCGCCCCCCUUUUCGAGGGCGACCCCCAGAUCCCGCUGCUCCCCGGGCUCCCCCCUUGCGGCAAGGAGGAGUCCCAGGUGCCCCCCGACGCCGGCUGCGCCCCGCCGUGAGCGCGCGCACCCCCGCAGCAGAUCCACCACUACCCCCCCGGUUAUUUUAGACAUUUAUAGAAAUUUACAGAUUUUAAUAACAUUAAAAAUAGCUUUUGUACCAGCA